UGGCAUCUCAAAGGUUUCUAGCUGGACCGGCUGGACCUGCGUUUGGUUUGUAACAGUGGCAGCAUGCAGUAGCCAGUGCAGAAUGGUUGGGUCCUGGCCACGCCAUCGCUGUCCACAGUUCUUACUCCUGCAGACCCGGCUCCAAGUGGCAUACCGUCAUAGACGAGACACAGCGCCGAGUCACCCGACAGCCAUGGGAAACUGCAGCAGUGGAGGUUCUUUGCCCAGUGCCAAGGUCACAGGAGCCAAAAAGGCCUGUCUCGUGGGAAUCAACUACGUGGGCACCAGUGCGCAGCUGCAGGGCUGUAUCAAUGACGUCAUCAACAUGCAGAACAUCUUGGUGGAGAAAUAUGGAUUCAAGAAGGAAGACAUUUUGAUGAUCAAUGAGGAUCAGGAGAAGAGCCGAUGGCCCUACAAGCAGCAGAUCCUGGAGGGUAUAGAGUGGCUCUAUCAAGGUGCCAAGCCUGGUGAUUUGCUUUUCUUCCACUACAGUGGCCAUGGCUCCCAGUACCAGGGGGACAAGAAGACGAUGCCCUCCGACGUGAUUUGUCCCUUGGACUGCAUCGGUGGCGAGUGGCCACAGACGGUCAUCACCGACGCAGAGAUCCAUCAGAAACUCUAUGAUCCCUUGCCGAAGGGCUGUAAGGCGGUCUGUCUCUUUGACUGUUGCCACUCGGCCACUGUGGCCAACCUGGCUGAAACCAUGGUGGUGCAGAGCGGGCCACUCACCGCCGAGAAGAAGGAGUUGCUGAUGAAGAAGUUGCAAGUCCAGAAGGAGCAAGCUGAGACGCAAGUCCGCUUCUAUCAAGAGGUGAACUCGGGAAAGUUGGAUUUGAAGAAGAAAAGCACCACAGAUCUCGUUGCGCUCUUUGAGAAGCAUGGCUUUCCCAAGAAGACAGGUCCCAGCGAUGACGGCUCCGGGUACUGGUACCUCCUGAGCAAGGAGAUCAAGGCCUUUUGUACGGGCUCCGUGCAGAAAGCCGAGAAGCUCUUGGCAGAACGGGUGGAGGCCAUGAAAAAGCUCGAGGCGACAAAGGUGGGCGAAGGCGCCCAGAUCUACAUUGGCAAUCUGGAGCAGGACCUCGAGGAUGACUAUGAGAAGCACCAUGGGCAGAAGGACCCACGGACCUCUCGCGAGGUUCGCAUCCGGUAUUUUCCACAGCCAGCGAUGGAGCAGACAGAGGAAAAGAGGGUGAAGCCUGUGAACCAUGGCCUCAAAGGUGCCCUAAGGAACGAGAAGUACCAGGACCAUGAGCUUUGGGUGUUCUCGGGCUGCCAAGAUGAUCAGACCAGCGCUGAUGCCCACGUGGAGGGGAUCUACCAGGGUGCUUUCACUUGGGCUUUGAUCAAAGCCUUGAAGGCAGAUGCCUUCAAGGAGAGCUAUCGGAACCUGAUGAUUCAGCUGAAAGGCAACUUGGAGAUCGGCCGCUAUGACCAGGUGCCUGCGUUGUCAACGACCCGCGAAGAGUACCUGGACUUUGGCUUCUGUGGAAAGCUGAAGGAAGACGGCUGUGUCAUUGAAGGUUGAGAUGGUGUGCAAAUCACUUCCUUGGAGCACAGAUCAGGAGUACAGGGUGGGGGGCAGCAACAUCUUGCAACCAAGUGCCCCGCCUCUUUUUUGGGUGGGUGCUGACCCUUUUCUGCUCACGUCAUUUCUGGGACACUGUACAGGCGUUCCCCGAGCGGCUCAUUCGACAUGGCAAAUGGCCAGUGGGUGUCGAAUUGUGAAGGUCGACUCGGCGUUCGGAAUCACGAAAAAA